UUUUUGGUUCGAAAUCUCAAAAUCUUAAAAGAAUUUAUUCUUUCAACACACACUGACACACAAAAACGGUAAUGAUUGCGAUUGCUCAGUGGGUGGCAUCCUUAUCGGCCGGCAUCCUGAUCUCCACCCAAACGAUGCGCUUCCUGAAAACAGUGAAUGAACAGGAGUCGUCUGACAAGAUAGCUGGGCAGCUGCACACAGCAGCCAUUGAUUCACAGGAUUCAGAAGGAGCUCAGGUCCUGGGCUCUGAAAAUCUGAGUUCAGCCUUGCAGCACAUCAUGAGUAGCGAAAACAACUCUUCUCACGUCUAUAUCGAUGCUAUGCACAACCCCAGUACUAAAGGAAAGCAGGAUUAUGCUUUGGGAUCAGAGUCCUUGAAUCGUAUGUUGGAGGACAUCAUGGCGCCGGCUGGUUAG